GCGCAUUACAUAGCCCUCUAAGUGUGGCAAAAUGUAUGGCACACUUUAUGCCUACCUCUUUUAUCACCCCUUGAGUUAUUCAAAUGUGGUGCAACUGCGCCUGGGUGAAGGCCUACGUAGGAAACGUUUUUUUUCCUAAUUAACCGCUUUGCCACAGCACCUGUUGAGUUUUUCAAGUGGGCAGUUUUUUUUUUUUUUUUUUGUGGGACCCCUCCAUUUGGUAUGGUACAAUUGUGUUUUACAUUGUGAGUAGGGCAACGCCCAUCCGCCGAUCGCGCCCCAUUUUUGCUCCCACCCAGGUGUGGGGAUACUACGCGUACAGAUGAGGCGUUCCUCCGCUGCUCCCACCACACGGUGAUGAAGAGACCACUCCAAUGGGCACAUGCCACCUUAGGGAUAUAUCCCCCCCCACGCAGUUCGCCCAAACGUGUAGUCUUUGCCACCCUUACGUGUAACACUACCGUUAGCGUUUUUUUUGCCUUUUUUUUGGGGGCCAGCCCUUGAGCCAGAUGAAUCGGUGGAGGCCUUUCUCCAAAGUGAGGCACUUCUCCGGCCUGACCAAACUAACCAAUGUGCGAGAGCACCAAGAUGAGAUAAUCAGCUGCAUAGAAAAGGUUAAGGUGGUGAACCCACUGGUGCACUGCAUCACGAACAGAGUAACAACGGAAAAGGUGGCAAACAGUUUGUUAGCAUUUGGUUCCUCCCCAGCAAUGAUUGACAACCCUAAGGAGGUAGAACAAUUUGCAGAAAUAGCCUCCUGCACAUAUUUCAACUUAGGCCUGCACACAAGUCAAGUGGAAAACAUACAUGUGCUAGACAAAAUGAGACAGGAAAAAAAAAAGGAAGAGUUCAUUUUGGUAAUCGACCCAAUAGCCGUAGGGGCAACACAGUACAGAACAAACCUCAUAAAAGACAUCCUUGUUAAGUGCAAGCCAAAUGUCAUUAAAGGAAAUGUAGCUGAAAUAUUUUACCUAGAUAAAGGAGAGUUCUUUGGGAAGGGGGUAGAUAGCAACAGUAGUUCAUCACAUACCCCAAAUGAUAUAAUUGCUAGCGCAAGGAAUGUUGCUUUGAAAUAUAACUGUGCAGUUGUCGUCACGUCGAAAGCAGAUAUCAUUGUCAGUCCCUGUUCAAAAUUUGUAGCCCAAAUUAAUUGUGAUUUAAAAAUUUUGACAAAAAUUACCGGCUCGGGGUGUUCGGUUGGUGCACUCUGCGCUGCGGCAACUUCGGUCAUUCCGCAGAACCCCUUUAUAGCAUGCACGGCCGCCACGCUAAUUUACAAGCUGGCCGCCUUUAAGGCCUACCAAAAGGAGACCGGCCCGGGUACACUCAGCCAUCAAAUAAUUGACAACAUUUAUUUUUAUUCCAACCACCCGCACUUUAUGAAUUUGCAACUUGUGGACGUGUACGCGGUGAGCUGAUUUGAAGAGCUAAUUUGGGGAGCUAAUUUGGGAGGGCUUCUUUUGGGAGAGCUAAUUUGGGAGAGCUUAUCUGAUCCACCCCAACACCGCUUUCCCUCCAUCCCCUAGCUCGCUUUUCCAGACCGCAACUUUCUCGUUAUUCAUACGCAACGGCGCCAAAUGGGCAAUUAACUAGUUCGUU